AGCACUGCGUCCUCUCCGACGCGACGCGCCCAUUUGCGGUUACGAGCGCGGGUGGUCUGUCACGUCCGCUUGGAUCGGAUAUGUGAUUGUGUGCGCUGGUUAAAUGCAUUUAUUUACGUGUGGUUACUAUCAGCUAAACGGGUGACAGUGCUUCUGACUAAACAUACUUAAGCUGUUGCUUCGAGGCGGGCAGUCGCGCCCCUCUUGCCACGCGCAGUGGACGAGGAGGAAAGUGAACCCUGUGCCAUACGAUUAUAGACGAGAAUUAUGAAUAAAAAGUGUGGAAAGUGUACGAAAACUGUAUAUCCUACAGAAGAGCUGAAGUGCUUAGACAAAUCAUGGCACAAAGGCUGCUUCCGGUGCUGGGAGUGUGGAAUGGCACUGAACAUGAGGACAUACAAGGGAUUCAACAAACUGCCAUACUGUGAAGCGCACAUACCCAAGCCGAAGGCGACGACCGUUGCGGAGACUCCCGAGCUGGCCAGGAUCGCCGAGAACACCAAAAUCCAGAGCAAUGUCAAAUACCAUGCCGAGUUCGAGGCUGCCAAGGGGAAAUUCACGACGGUGGCAGACGACCCAGAGACGCUACGUAUCAAACAAAACACCAAGAUCAUCAGUAACGCCGCCUACCACGGAGAGCUGGAGAAGAAGGCCGACAUGGACCAGCGGCGGCACCUGACCGGACAGAACGGAGACGCAGCCUCUGCCCAGCCGGCCGGCUCGCAGGCCGUCCCGCGCCAGGAGCGGCCCCCCGCCGCCGCCGCCGCCGCCCCCGCCCCCGCCAGCCACCACCACCCGCAAAUGGCGCGGCUGGGCAACAACAACUAUGGCGGCGGUGGCGGCGGCGGCGGUGGCGGCGGCGGUUUGGGAAUGGGUGCGUCACCGCACUCGGCCCGCACAGCCCAGGCGUCGACGGUGAUCUAUACAUCGGAGCACGGCGCAGUGAACGCGGCGCCCACACAGAAGGUGGGCUCCAUCCGCGACUACGACCCUCUCAACGAGCAGUACGGCUCUGUGGCUCAGGCGGCGCGCUACGGGCAGCCGCAGCAGCAGGCGCCGCCGCCCCAGCAGCACUACCAGCCGCCGCCGCAGCAGCAGCAGCCGUACGGCGGGUACCAGCACCACCACCAGCAGCAGCCGCCGCAGCAGUACCACCACCACCAGCAGCCGCCGCAGCAGCAGUACGGCGGCUAUCAGCAGCAGUACCAGCAGCAGCCUCCGCAGCAGCAGCAGCAGCCGCAGCAGCAGCAGCAGUACGGAUACCGACCCGAACAACACGGAGGGUACCGCUCCCAGCAGACGUACCGGUCGGAGGCGCAGCCGCAGCAACAGCCGCACCACCAGACUCAGCACCAUCACCAGCCGCAGCACCACCAGCAGCAGGCGCAGCACCAUCACCAGCAGCAGGCGCAGCACCACCACCAACAGCAGGCGCAGCACCACCACCAGCCGCAGGCGCAGCCGCAGAGGGCGCCGCCGGCCGCGUCAGGGCGCUGCUACCGCGCCAUGUACGACUACGACGCGGCCGACCACGACGAGAUAUCGUUCCGCGACGGCGACCUCCUGGUGGCAUGUCAGCCGAUCGACGACGGCUGGAUGACGGGCACCAACCAGCGCACCGGACAGCGCGGCAUGCUGCCGGCCAACUACGUCGAACCGGUGGACCUGUGAACGUUGCCGAGGGAGCGGGAGGGAGAGAGACGAGAGAGCGGUGCGGUGGGCGCUGCGGAGAGAGAGAGAGAGGACACCUGGGCCCGCAGAGCUGCGGCCGGGGUGUGUGUGCGUGGGUGGACGGGGGGGGGGGGGUGCGGUGGUACCCCAGUGAGGCGCCCUGCCGGCGCCGGGACCGGGCAGCGCCGUCGGCCCCGUCCCAGCCCGACCGUCCGCAGCCCGCGCGAAAUGGAUGCUUGUGCGCGUAUGCUUGUGCCUUUGUGUAUAUAGCCCCAGCACGCCAAUUCAUGUAACAAUUUUAUUGUUGGAUUGGAGGAAUUAUCUAUACAUAUAAGACGGUAAGCCCAAAAGUGCCUAUUGGUGGUUACGCGCUGGUGUUGACGAGUGGCUCCGCGCCUAGGUUCGGCCGCUAUGAACUAAUACGACGCGAGUUGUGCGCUGUCUGUACGUCUUCUUCUGUCAACUGAACGGAACGGAACGCUUGUGCCUGUUUACCGAUGUGAAAUGAACUGAAAGCCUAGCU